AUGGAGAGAUCAAUCAAUAUGGAAAAUUUUGAGUUGUUACAAGAAGAGUUUGACCAUUUGGAGGAUGAAAUUCAAAGAUUAACGACGGCCACCAAAAAACCAUACAACAUCAGAGUUCGCACAGAUCCUAUGAACAUUUAUUCUGAAAGUGAACUUCGACGACGUUUCCGAUUGUCGAAAGACAGUGUGCGAUACUUAUAUGAUUUGAUCGGUGCUGAGUUAGACCCAUUGAAAUCACGUGACGGGUUCACCAUAAGUGGAUUAGAUAAAAUUUUGCUCACUUCAAGGUAUUACGCAACGGCCAGUUUUCAUAUUGCCACUGCCGAUUUUUAUGGUGUAAGCGAAUCAUCAGCGUGUAAUAUUGUGCCUAUAGUUAGCGACAAGAUUGCUGCUCUACGUGCACAAUUCAUACAAAUGCCUGUUGUAGAUGAUGAAAUUGAGCAAAACAAAUGUGACUUUUUUAGCGUGGCUGGAAUGCCGGGUAUUAUCGGAGCAGUGGAUGGCACUUUGGUCAAAAUCCAAGAAGUUGGCGAGUUUAAGGUAUCGUUGGAAAGGAUGUCAUUUGGGCCACUACAAAAAAUCUGA